AUACAAUUCAACCAAACCGGUUAACAAUUAAAAACAUUAGUUAACCGUUGUUAACCGGUUUGGUUGAAUAUUGGGACCGGCCCGAGUGGGUUCAUUUCAUCUGGUCAGGUUAGGGGAAAUUGAUUUCCACUCCCCCAAUUCUCUUCUUCUCUGCAUUCAAACCCAGAAAAGGGGUUUGGAUUCCAAACACAGCGAAAAUUUUCCAGCAUUGUAGUUUCAGUUUCAUCUGAUUGUUCAAUUUCUUGGCACACAAAAAUGGAGGAAGCGAAAGCAUUGCACCAGCAACAUCAACAUCAACAGCAGCAGCAUCAGCAACACCAGCAACAACUGAUGCUUCAGCAACAACAGCAGCAGCAACAGCAUUUCCUGCUGUUACAGCAAUUGCAGAAGCAGCAGCAACAACAGCAGCAAGCAGCCGCAAUUUCUCGCUUCCCUUCCAGCAUUGACGCUCACUUGCGCCCCAUUAGACCCAUCAAUCUCCAACAAAACCCUAACCCUAACCCUAAUAAUCCCAUUCUCAAUUUGCACCAGAACCCUAAUUCCAACCACCUUCAGCAGCAGCAACAGCAACAGCAACCCCAGCAACAACAGCAGCAGCAAAAGAUGGUUCGACCCGGAAACCCAAUGGAGCUCCAGAUGGCGUACCAGGACGCUUGGCGGGUCUGCCAUCCGGAUUUCAAGCGACCCUUUUCUUCUCUCGAAGAUGCCUGCGAGAGAUUAUUGCCAUAUCAUGUUGUGGCAGACUAUGAAGCAGAAGAGGAUGAUAGGAUCCUUGAUUCUGACACCACUGGCCAAGUGCUUUCAAGGUCCCAGCAGUGGGAUAAUAAUAUUGCUGCUAAAAUUGCUGAGUUUACAGCAACUUUUGAGAAACAAGCACUUGCCUUCAACAUAAUAUCCCAAAAGAGAAACUUGGGUGAAUUCCGGUCUGAGGAGAGAUUGAUGAUUGAACAGGCACUUCUCCAAGAAGAAAAGCGAGCUCUGAUGGCCGGUCGUGAAGCACAUGAGGCUAAACUUCGGAUGGCAGCAAUGUAUCAAGCUGAGCAGGCCCGGGCAGAAUCACACUCUCAUGCUGAAAUGAUGUCGCGAGCCCCCAUAAGAGGGAGUGCACUUGGGUCCCAAGGCAGUGGUGAUAUGAUGGGCCAUGACAUGGGAGAGCAGGAUCAGGGAGGUCACCCAGGUGAUAUGAUGAAUGGAUGGGGGAACAAUGCACAGAGAGAAGAGAAGGAGCCAUCUGAGGAUUUCUUGAAUGAUGAAGCUGAGAAUGGAGACACAGGCACACAGGAUGGUUGGCGUGAAGUUGGUGAAUUUGAUUUGAAUGCUAGGUGAUUCUCCAUAGUGACUGUAUAAAACUUUUAAGGGAGAGUUUGAAUUAUGUUAAGAGAUCAAUAUCCGUUUUAAAAGAAUCAUUGUCCUUGGUAUCUUCAAGUUACCUAUCUUAAGAUUACUUUCUCGAUCAAUAUCCAUUCACAGGGGCGGAAGGAAAACUAUUGAACCAGUCAAAUGUUGAAUUGGAUGAAUGUUCAGUUUAUGCUCCUAGAUUAGUGUAGUGCACAUGAUUGGAUUAUUAGCUCCAAUGGAGUGUUAUAUAAGCAUACAAAUUAAGUCCAAUAUGUAUAGGAAACUCUGGUUUCAUCAUUUUGUCA